CCCGUCACUAGGCGAUGCUGCAGCCAAGAUGGCGGCGGGGGCCGAGCGAGCGUGAGCGGAGGCAGCGGCUCCGCUCCCGGCGGUCUCCCCAGCCCGGGCAGGGGGAAGAGGAGGGAUGAGGCGCGGGCCUGGUCCCGGCUGGCUGUCGUGAGGGGCGCGGGCCAGCAGACACCAUGGCGGGGAUCAUCAAGAAGCAGAUCCUGAAGCAUCUCUCCAGGUUCACCAAAAACCUGUCACCUGACAAGAUCAACCUGAGCACGUUAAAGGGAGAAGGUCAACUGACCAACUUAGAGCUGGACCAAGAGGUGCUUCAGAACAUGUUGGAUCUUCCCACCUGGCUUGCUAUAAACAAGGUCUUUUGCAAUAAAGCCUCUAUUAGGAUACCAUGGACAAAAUUGAAGACACAUCCCAUCUCUCUGUCCUUGGAUAAAGUUGUGAUGGAAAUGAGCACAUGUGAAGAGCCACGUGCCCCUAAUGGACCCUCUCCCAUAGCAACUGCAUCUGGACAGAGUGAAUAUGGCUUUGCUGAAAAAGUUGUGGAAGGCAUCUCUGUUUCUGUCAACUCCAUCAUAAUACGGAUUGGUGCAAAGGCCUUUAAUGCUUCAUUUGAACUUUCCCAGCUGAGAAUUUAUAGUGUAAAUGCAAACUGGGAACAUGCUGACCUCAGAUUUACCAGAAUACAAGAAGCUCAACGUGGAGAGGUUUUAACUUUUAAAGAAAUCAACUGGCAGAUGAUCAGAAUAGAAGCAGAUGCAAUCCAGAGUUCUAAACAUGAAAUCAUGAGUGCUCCGGUUCGGCUGAUUACUAACCAAUCAAAAAUUAGGGUCACACUUAAAAGAAGGUUAAAGGAUUGUAAUGUGGUGGCAUCAAAACUGGUUCUCAUCCUGGAUGAUUUGCUCUGGGUUUUGACUGAUUCCCAGUUGAAAGCCAUGGUGCAGUAUGCCAAAUCUCUUAGUGAAGCCAUAGAGAAGUCAACAGAACAGAGAAAAAGUUUGGCUUCUGAAACAGCACAGAGCUCUGCCCCAGCACCCAGCUCUCAGCAGGUGAAAGCACAACAGACAACAGCAGCACCUGAUCAAAACGAUGCAAUAGUAAAAUUGUUUAAUGAUUUUGAUGUGAAAGAAACUUCUCAUCACUUAGUAAUUUCUCAUUUGGACCUGCAUAUAUGUGAUGAUAUCCAUUCUAAAGAAAAAGACUCAAACAGACGUGUUACAGGAGGGGCCAUGCAACUUUCCUUCAGCUAUUUGACAGUGGACUAUUACCCAUUUCACAAAGCAGGAGACAGUUGUGAUCACUGGAUGCAUUAUAGCGAUGCCACUAAAACCAGAAGUGGAUGGGCCAAAGAAUUGCUAAAUGAAUUCAAAAACAACGUUGAAUUGCUCAAGCAGGCUGUGAAGGACCAGGUCAUAGAUUCUCCUCCCAAGUCACCACCUGCUGUAUCUCCCCAGAACGUCCAAACAGGCAAGGAACAGAUACCGAAAGGAACAUCUAGGGCUUCCUCCCAACAACCAAAGGGCAAACUGAUGUCUAGUCCUAUUGUGGUUAGACUUGCAGAUUUCAAUAUAUAUCAGGUUUCAACAGCAGACCAGUGUCGUUCUUCCCCUAAAGCUCUGAUCUCUUGCAAUAAGAAGUCACUUUAUCUUCCACCAGAAAUGCCAGCUAUUCAUAUUGAAUUCACUGAAUAUUACUACCCAGAUGGAAAGGACUUUCCUAUUCCAUCUCCAAAUUUGUAUGGCCAACUGAAUGCUUUACAGUUCACCCUGGAUGAGAGAAGUAUACUUUGGCUAAAUCAGUUUGUGCUGGAUUUGAAGCAGAGUCUUAUUCAGUUCAUGGCCAUGUACAAGCUAAAUGACAACUCCAAAUCAGAUGAGCAUGUUGAUGUUAGAGUUGAUGGACUGAUGUUAAAGUUCAUCAUCCCAUCUGAAAGCAAACCUGAAAUUCAUAAAGACCAACCCCGUGCAAUUUCCAUUCAAAGUUCAGAGAUGAUUGCUACAAAUACAAGAUGCUCACCAAACUGCAGACACUCUGAUCUGGAAGCUUUGUUUCAGAACUUCAAAGACUGUGAAUUUUUCAGCAGAACUUUCACCACUUUUCCUAAAUCCCAGAAGAAUUUUAACCUUUUGCAUCCAAUCUUUCAGAGGCACGCUCACGAGCAGGACACUAAAAUGCAUGAUGUUUAUAAAGGUUAUAUCAUCCCCAAGUUGAAUAAAUAUGCACUCAAGACAUCUGCAGCUACUGAUGUCUGGGCUGUACAUUUUUCACAGUUUUGGAUAGAUUAUGAAGGAACAAAAAGUGGGAAAGGGCGACCGGUAAGCUUUGUGGACUCCUUCCCGCUUUCCCUUUGGAUUUGCCAGCCAGUGAGGUUUGCAAAGUCACAAAAAGAGCUUGUAUCUCACAACCAGGCAGCCCUGAACAUUCCAAAAAGUGAAUCUUGUGAGCUCGCUAAUAGACUGCAACGUAAAAAACUUCUAAGGGAGUACUACAGCAGUGAGACAGAGCCCUUGACCAACGGCAUUGCAACAUCAGAGGCUUCAGGAGUGCUUUCCGAGCGCUCUCGCUCUGAUGCAGAUGUCCACGUCCUUGUCCACGUUCAAAAACACGUGAGCAUGCAGAUCAACCAUUACCAGUAUCUUUUCCUGUUGCUUCUCCAUGACUCUCUUGUCUUACUCCUGGAAAACUUAAGGAAUGAUGUAGAAGCAGUGACAGGAAAACCUGCAGAGCAAACAGAUGUCUGCAUUGGGAUCUUAGUGAAAAGUGCAGAACUCGCCUUACUGCUCCAUCCACUGACUCAGGGAAACCCUUGUAAGUCUCCAGUUGAGGAAGAAGGAAGUCCUGUGGCAUCAGAACUCUCACCUUUGGGAAAUGGGGAGACUCUUACUUCAGAGAGUAAAUUAGUUGGCAGUAAGAUGCAAACUGGUGUAAGCGAUUUUGAUUGUGUAAAUGACUCCAAGCCUCUGAACACUGAAGUUAAUAAAGGGAUUUUGAUAGAUCCUCUUCUGUUUAAGUCAGACAGUAAUAUGGAUUUGCAGAAAGGAGCAUCCUUCUCAGAUGAUGCAUCAGAUAAAGGUUUGGGAGAUACAAGUGAAGGAGGAAGCAGUGGACUUUUUAGUAGAAGUGAUUCAGAGGAAGUCUGUGGACCCCUGAGUGAGAAAAGUAGCUCACAUGCCAGGGAUUCAGCAUCCAUUUUUAAUAAGAGAGAAGAUUCUGCUGAAUUUUUCACUGAUAAAGAGGAUGACAAAACCAUCUUCUCAAGCAAGUUGAAUGAACAGGAAGGCACAGCUGAAGGCUCUCCUAACCAGGUUGCUGACUUGGAAACAGAAACUGCCUUAGAAUCCGAAGAGCUUGAAAUCAACAAAGUCACUUCAGUGAGAAUGUUCACAUCUCAGUCUUCAUCAAGUGCAAAGCCUAAGGAACGCUGCCUGUCCAACCUCCCUGCAUUCUCUGUUUCUUACAAGAAUAUGAAGAGAAGUCCGUCACAGGUUUCUCUGGAUACCAUCUCUAUUGACAGUAUGAUGCUAGAAGAUCAUUUGAUAGAGAGUGAUGGAAGUGACAGCCAAAGCUUUCUGGAGAAAGGUAUUACAGCCACAAACUAUCAGAGCCCAUCAGAAAACGCCCCUGAAGGAGGCCCAGUGAUUGAAAAUUGUGAUGGGUCAUCUCCAGAUGCCAUGAGUGCUGCUUCAGAGAAUGCCCAUGAAACUAGUGAAGAAAUGAUGUCUGUUGUGGUGUUCCAAAUAUUUGGAGUCAAUGGUGAAAUUGACAUCCGAGGUGAAGACACAGAAAUAUGCCUACAGGUCAACCAAGUGAUACCAAAUCAGCUGGGAAAUAUCAGUGUCCGACACUAUCUUUGCAACAGAACCGUUGGUUCUGACUGCAAAUCAGUGCCUGGACCAGCUAAUUCAUCACCCGAGAUUAGUUUGAGAUGGGAAAGUGGCCCCAGUGCUGUCAAACACUCUCUGCUGGCUGUGAAAAAUGGUUUCCUUCAGUGUCAUGUAGAGAACUUCAGUGCUGAAUUCCUAACAUCUUCCCUGACCAACAUUCAGCAUUUUCUAGAGGAUGAAAGUGUCGCAGAAGUGAUGCCUAUGAAGAUAAAAGUUUCUAAUGCAAGGAUUAAUUUAAAAGAUGACAGUCCACGGGAAAAUAUGAAGGCCUCUGAGCUGGUACCCAUAAAACUGCAUAUUGACAUUCUCUGGAUAGAGAGAAAUGAUGAUGGCUCUUUUCUCAUUAGAGACCAUCAAAGAGUAAAUGAUGUGUCAAAGAUGAAGAAUUCAAGCAGUGCAUUGCAGCAAACAACUGGAACUGUUGGAUGUAAAAGACAGGACCAAGCCACGCAGACUACUUGGGAAAUUCCCAACCCUUCAAAAUCAAACAGGGAUUCACCUGAUUUCCUUAAAAAUGAGCUUUCUGAAGAGAAUGAAUGUCUCAAGCAGGAGCUAGCAAAAGCCAAGAUGGCUCUUGCUGAGGUCCAGAUGGAGAAGGAUGCUCUGCUUCAUCAUAUCAAGAAGAUGAAUGCUGAUCAUCAGUAGGAAGUGUUCUGUUGGUGCAAGGCAUCGACAGGACUUCAGGCAAUGGUGACAUCUAAAAUGCUGUUUGUAAAUUGCUGGCAGAUGUGGCUUUUAGUUUGGUGUUUUAUUUUGUCACAGACAAAGUUUUCACACUGCAAACAGAAUGUUUGUCAACUAGUUACUGUUCUUAAAUUAUCAUGAAACACUGUAACUUUUUUUUCCAGCCCAUUUGAAACUGAAGUGACUUGGGGGGGGGAGAAAUAAAGCCAGUUUAUACUGUAGUUUAUUAAUUUACUGAAGGAAAAAGAAAUCAUAUCCUCUACUUUUAAUAUUCUCAAAGGAGAUCUUAUUUUUUAAAUGCUUUCUGAAAGGUGGGUGGCUCAGCAAUGAUAGAAGAUGCCUAAGUGCAUGACUUGAGUACGAUGUACCACACCUCAUUAACAAACUGUACCUCUGUUUGUUAAGGUUAUCUUGUUUUGUUCUUACCAGAAGGUGUCCAUACAGGAGAUUACAUUUGCACUAUGAUGAUAUGGGCUCUACAAUGGUAUAGCUACUGAAAAUUGAAAGAGCAGCCCUAAAAUGACCCUGAAUUUAGUGGAAUUUGCCCAGAGAGGAUUUUAAGGCUAAUCCUCUGGUGCUAUAAAGAUUCCAUGUACCCUUUCCAUAUGCACUCCUAAAAUACCACAGUAAGUGCUAGGGAACUGCAGUAAGUGGGCAUACCAUACUACUAGGCUUUCCUUCUGCUUGAAGGUUCACUCAGUCUGUACAGUUGAUACAAUUUAGACAUUCAUACCUUCUUAUUUUUCUCUUUUCCCUCUCUCUGGGAUGAGGAUGUAGCCCUGCAACAGGAUCCAGCCCUUUGUAGAAGCUGAGCUUUGAGCCAUUUUCCAUGCAUGUCUGUUUCCUGCACAACUCAUCAGAUAUGCCCAAGGAUUUGGUCCAAGGUAUUUAAAUAUGUAACAUCAAUGGCUUCUGAAGGGGUUGGAAAUCCUCCAGGGAUUCAUUAAUUGUAUAUUGCUUUUUUAUUUGUUAUUAAAAAAAAAGCUGCAGAGAGUCAUUUAAGUACCCAGUGAAAUGGUGAGGUUACAUGAAAUGUAAUUAUAGAGUUGAAAUCAUGGCUGACUUGUACAAACUGAACAGUAAUUUCCAGCUAAAAUCUAGUACAGAUGAAUAAAUAAGAAAGCAAAACAGUGUAGAAUAGAGACUAUAAGAGUGUGCUUCUAAACCACCUAGGAAACAACAUCCAAAACCAGCCUUGCCUGUGAGAGAUUGGUUUUGCUAGAAGUAAAAGUGACUGAAUAAUUUAACUAGUGACCUUGAAUCUGAAAAAUCUUUUAAUUGCUACCAUAAUUGUUUCUGCUCCGUGGGAUGUUGGAGGGAAGUUUUGUUUUGUAGACAGGCAGGCAAAUCUCCAAAAGUAUUUAGUAUCCUGUGGUUUGACUUUGCAUAUUCAGGCUGUCAAACUAGUUUUAAUUAAAAUGGUUUUCAUUAAAACUUUUUUUGGAGGACACAGAAUUUCCACUGCUGAAAAUAGUUAUUGAAAGUGUGUAGCUUUUAAUGAAGACCUCUGUGGAAGAACUGGUUCAGGCACUAUUUUAAAGCCUGCCUUAUGAAACCCCAGUUGAAACUCCCUUUAAUGCCCAUGGAAAUUUUUAUCUUGCUAUUCUGAAUGAGACUUGGGGGGGGGGGGGGAAAUAUACACACAGCUGUUUCUAAGAGAGAAACUGAAUAUUUGUGUUGCAAAAGGUGUUUAAGACAACGCAGUAUUAAGUCUGAGUACUGUAAUUUCAUACAACUAUCGUGGCAGAUUCAGGGGAGUUCUCAGCUGAUUUAAUUCUGGUUGGUACUGUUGAAGUCAGUAAGUCUUGUUUGGUUUAUCCCUGCCAAGAUCUAGUUAGAAUUAUUCUGAAGAGAGGAAUGUAUAGAGUGCUUAGUAGCAUGUUGCUGGAAUAAUAGAUUGAGAGUUGUCUGAUUUUUAAGAGGAAAUAAAGAGCAAUACCAAA